AGCAACAUUGUGUGAUGAACAAUGGGGAUAGACUUGGCUCUUCUCAGCAGUGCAAUGAUCCAAAACAGUUUCAAAGAACUCAUGACAGAAAACGUUCUCAACAUCCAGAAAAAAGAACUGUGGCUUCUACUUUUAACGAACACCAAAUGGGGGAUGACGCCGGUGAUGCAGGAGAGCUGGAGGCCCCGGAGUCAGAGGCCGAGGGGCCUUCCGUGGUGGCUUCGGCAGUGGGGGCCGAGCUCGAGGUCAGGGCCGAGGCUGCAGGGACCGAGGAGGAAAGGCCGAGGAUAAGGAGUGGGUUCCUGUCACCAAGCUGGGCCGCCUCGUCAAGGACAUGAAGAUCAAGUCUUUGGAGGAGAUCUAUCUUUUCUCCCUUCCUAUUAAGGAAUCUGAGAUCAUAGAUUUCUUCCUGGGGUCUUCAUUGAAGGAUGAGGUUCUGAAGAUCAUGCCUGUUCAGAAACAAACUAGAACCGGACAACGUACCAGGUUCAAGCCUUUUGUGGCCAUUGGCGACUACAAUGGCCAUGUUGGCUUGGGUGUCAAGUGCUCCAAGGAAGUAGCCACAGCUAUUCGUGGUGCUAUCAUUCUGGCCAAGCUGUCCAUCGUUCCUGGGAGACGUGGCUACUGGGGGAAUAAGAUUGGCAAGCCUUACACAGUGCCCUGCAAGGUCACUGGGUGCUGUGGAUCUGUUUUGGUGCGCCUGAUCCCCGCCCCUCAAGGUACUGGCAUUGUCUCAGCUCCUGUGCCUAAGAAGCUCCUGAUGACGGCUGGAAUUGAUGACUGCCACACUUCUUCAAGGGGCUAUACUGCCACUCUGGGCAACUUUGCUAAAGCUACCUUCGAUGCCAUCUCCAAAACAUACAGCUACCUAACCCCAGAACUGUGGAAGGAGACUGGGUUUACUAAGUCUCCCUAUCAGGAAUUCGCCGACCAUCUUGUGAAGACUCACACUUGGGUGUCUGUCCAUAGGACCCAGGCAGCUGCUGUGGCAACCACAUAAGAUGUUUUUUUUUAAUAUACAUUGAUUGAAUAAACUGAACUAUGCCUGCUUAAAAAAAAAAAACCUGUGGAUUAUGAAUGCAGAUUGAACCAUACUGUUUCUGCUUUUGGACUGGUUU